AUGGCCACUAGAAUACCCCAAGGUUUUCGUUACUCAAAGGAACUUAAACAAUUAGCUCUCACAAUUUAUUUUUUCGGACCUCGUGCUUAUCAGUUUUUAAAAAAUAUUUUGCAAUUGCCGAGCACAAGAACAUUGCGUAGGGUUACUGAAAAAAUUGAUAUAGUACCUGGGUUAAAUUAUGUUAUCUUUGAAUCAUUUAAUUUUAAAUUAAAUAAUUUUAAAGAUGAUGCAAAAUAUUGUGUUCUGUACAUCAAGGAAAUGGCGAUUAAAACUAUUCUUUUUUAUAAUUUGUCUAAAGAUUAUAUUGUAAGGUUUAAUAGUUCUUUUGACCAGAAGACAUAUGAACCUGCAAACUAUGUCUUAUGUUUUAUGUUAAGGGGCCUAAACUAUAAUUGGAAACAACCAGUUGCUUAUUAUUUUAUCAAAAAUAGUUGCACUGGUCUUCAAUUGCAAAAUACAAUAUUUGCUGUAAUUUCUAAAAUACAAAGUAUUUCAUUAAAUAUAAGGGUUUUAAAAACUGAUCAAGGAUCAAAUUUUAUUGAAUUUGCAAAAAAAAUGAAUGUUUCACCUCAACGUCCCUAUUUUUUUGUCAAUAAAAAAAAAAUAUUUUAUGUUUUUAAUGUUCCUCACUUGUUAAAAUCAACUAGGAAUAACUUUUUUAAAUAUCAUUUAACAUUUGCUAAUGGAAUCACAGAAAAAAAACAUUUCGUUAAUUUUUAUAAAUCUGAUCAAGGCCUUAAUCGCCUUGCACCCAAAUUAACAGAUGCACAUAUAAAUCCUGGUCCCUUUCAAAAAAUGAAAGUGCGGUAUGCUAGUCAAAUUUUUAGUGCAACCGUAGCAGCCGGUAUGCGCACUUGUAUUGAAGGCGGUAUAUUGUCACCUACUGCUGAAACUACUGUCAUGUUUAUAGAUUAUAUGGACAAAUUAUUUCGAGUUAAAAAUUCAUAA